AUGGACUACACCCUUGUAUGGAGUAGCCAGAACUUAAAAAUCAAGCAGGAUAGUGUCGGCUAUAUCUGGCUUCCAAUACCUCCUGAGGGUUAUAAAGCCAUAGGCCAUAUUGUUACAACCUCGCCUCAGAAACCUUUUGUGGAUAAAGUUUGUUGUGUUUGUGAUGAUCUCACAGAUGCAUGUGAAAUUUAUGAUUGGAUUUGGGGCACCAAUGGCUUGAAUGUGUACUCAUCCAGACCUAGAGACAGAGGAAUGCAAGCAUUGGGAGUGCUAACAGGUGCUUUUAUGGUUCAGAACAAUGGAGCUGCAGAUGUACUAGCUUGUUUAAAGAACGUCAAAGAUAAUAUAUCUGCUAUGCCAAAUUUUAACCAAGUUCAAGCAUUGGUUAAAGCAUACUCUCCACUGAUUUACUUUCAUCCAGAUGAGGAAUACUAUCCCUCAUCCGUAACUUGGUUUUUUCAGAAUAGAGUAUUACUAUAUACAAAAGGACAAAAAUCUUUGUCUGUUGGUAUUCAGCCCACGGGUUCAAAUCUUCCUCAAGGUGGUUCAAAUGAUUGUGCUUACCCAACUGAUGAUGCAGCGAAUAGUAACAUCAAGAAAGGUGAUUUGCUGGGAGCCACCGCCUACUUACACGUUAAACCCAUGUUUGGUGCACCAUAUAUUGAUAUUCCUGUAUGGCUAUUUUAUCCCUUCAAUGGACCUGGAAAGGCUAAACUUGAAUUCAUGACCAUUGCUUUUGGAAAAAUUGGAGAGCACGUUGGCGACUGGGAACAAGUUACAUUGAGGAUUAGCAACUUCAAUGGGGAGUUACAAGGUUUAUACUUUUCACAACACAGUGGAGGCAUUUGGGUAAGUGCUUCUCUUCUUGAAUUUCAAAGCGGUAACAAACCUGUGGUGUACUCAUCAUUGCACGGACACGCUGCUUAUCCAAAACCAAGAAAGAAUUUGUAA